UUUUCUGCAAUUUUUUAAAUUUAAUUUUCUUUUCAGGAGUUCUCUUUAAUUAUUUAUUUUUAAUUUAUUUUCUAACUAAUAUCCAAGAAUGUCAGCUAACAACGAAAAUAUUCUUCCAGUUUGUAAUGAUGCAAGAGUAUUGGCAGAAUCAAUCAUCGCUUCUCGAAAUUUUGAACGUUCAAAGCAAAAAACGCCCAAAAACGUUCCUUUUAUGCCUUCUCCAAUUAAAAAUAAGCCUUUGGAAUUAUCUGGUGGAAAACAGGCAAUUCUUGAAUCUCCAAUUAAUUUUGGAGGAGUUUUGCAAUCACCUGGACCUUCUCCUGCUCCUCUUCGAUUUAAGUCGUUUGGACGAGUUUCGAACAAUUUCAAUUCUUCGUUUGCGGGCAAUUCAAAAACUGACUUUGGAAGUUCUUAUGGAACAUUUGUUAACAACCGUCAACGUGUUUCAAACAAUUUUUCUUCCUCAAACUUUACAAAAGGUUCGAACUUCAAUCGGUCUUUUGCUCAUCAUUAUACUCCUGCUCAUCAUUACAAUCCAAAUUUUAAUUCGUAUGGUCGUCUUCACACCAAUUUUAACACUUCUGCCGGUGUUGGAUUGCGUGAUUAUUAUUGGAUUGGUGAACAGCGUUAUAAAAGUUUUGGACAGAAGAAGCUUUGA